CUGCCCCCAGCUCCUGUAGCUGCAGAAUCGUGUGACAGUGAAGUAGGGCACACAGCUAUCCCGAAUAGCAGAGCACGCACUCAGCCUGGGCUAUGUCUGGCACACGGUCCUCCAACGACCGCAGCAAUCCCGGAGGGCAUAAGAGAGCCCGGCAUGACAUAGGAAACAAAGUCAGCGUUGUCCUUGGGGCACAAUGGGGGGAUGAAGGCAAAGGCAAAGUGGUGGAUCUGCUAGCUACAGACGCUGAUGUUAUCUGCAGGUGUCAGGGAGGAAAUAAUGCAGGACAUACUGUGGUGGCAGAAGGAAAAGAAUACGAUUUCCAUCUACUUCCAAGUGGCAUUAUUAAUACGAAAGCAAUCUCUUUUAUUGGUAACGGAGUAGUCAUACAUCUGCCGGGACUGUUUGAGGAGGCCGAAAAAAAUGAAAAGAAAGGUUUAAAAGACUGGGAAAAUAGACUAAUCAUAUCUGACCGAGCACAUAUUGUUUGUGAUUUCCACCAGGCAGUUGACGGUCUCCAAGAGGUUCAGCGACAAGCGCAAGAUGGGAAAAACAUAGGCACUACGAAGAAGGGAAUCGGCCCAACGUACUCUUCCAAGGCAUCAAGAACGGGCCUCCGCAUCUGUGACCUGCUUGCUGAUUUUGAUGAAUUUUCAUCCAGGUUCAAGAUUCUGGCACAUCAGCACCAAUCGAUGUUUCCAAAUCUGGAAGUAGACAUGGAAGGGCAGCUUAAAAAACUGAAGAUGUAUGCAGAAAAAAUACGUCCCAUGGUGCGAGAUGGGGUGUACUUCAUGUACGAAGCGCUCCACGGCUCGGUGAAAAAGAUAUUGGUUGAAGGAGCCAAUGCUGCACUACUGGACAUUGAUUUUGGCACCUAUCCCUUUGUGACGUCAUCAAACUGUACAGUGGGAGGUGUCUGCACUGGACUAGGCGUCCCGCCUCAGAACAUUGGAGACGUUUACGGUGUGGUAAAGGCAUAUACCACUAGAGUGGGUAUAGGCGCCUUCCCAACAGAACAAAUCAACGAAAUCGGUACUCUUCUUCAGACUCGUGGUCAUGAAUGGGGGGUGACGACAGGCCGCAAGAGGAGAUGUGGCUGGUUAGACCUGGUCAUUUUAAGAUAUGCCCAUAUGAUCAAUGGUUUCACUGCCUUGGCGCUUACAAAACUGGAUAUUUUGGACAUACUGGAUGAGAUUAAAGUUGGUGUAGCAUACAGACUCAAUGGGAAGAGAAUCCCUUACUUUCCAGCGAAUCAAGAAAUUCUGCAGAAGGUGGAGGUGGAAUAUGAAGUUAUGCCCGGCUGGAAGAGUGACACCACCGGUGCCAGGAAGUGGGAGGAGCUUCCUGCCAAAGCACAAAACUACAUCAGAUUUGUGGAGAACCACAUCGGAGUGCCUGUGAAAUGGGUUGGCGUUGGAAAAUCAAGAGAGUCUAUGAUUGAGCUGUUCUAGAGUUCGGCUGUUUAGCGUUCCACACCCUGAUUUCAGCACAAGACAUGAACACUGUAUGUGACGCUAGUGAAUAGUGUGUACUACAGCAUAUUCUGGACCUGCUGUGAGACUGUUUUCCCACUUUGGUACAAUUUGUGACUGCCUAGGCUAAUCUAAAUAAAAGUGGUUUGAAAUAAAAA